UGUUUGAUCUUGACUUCUCUGAUCCUCUCCUUCUUCCAGUGUUCCUCUCUUAUCUCCUGAUAAGGUAUUUGAUGUGGAGACACUCUGCACAUGCUCAGUUUGUUUUCUAUUGCUAGAGAGAGUGCAUGUGAUCAGCACAGGCUGAAACUGCACUGUCCAGACAGAGUUCAUAGAUUCUGCAUCCUCAUAGAGCAGAAAGAAAACUCCUCCUACAAGUUUUAACAUGUGCUCUGCUGAACACUGACAGAAGUCACAAGACUGCUCCAACUGCUGAUGAGAAAAGGUAUUUAGCACUUUAUAUUUACUAA